AUGUUGAACUCAUAUCCGUUGCCUGCCCAUGGCCGGGGACCUGUGGACGUCUGCAGGUACCGUCCUCAACCUGUCUUGAAGCGUCAUAAGCCAGAAACACAACAUAUGGCGAUGAACACAUGGGAGUUGGCCGCAUUACAUGCAGCUGAGGAAGAACACAGGGCUUCACAGCACGGCCCUUCCCACCACCACCAACAACGACAAGACUCGUUGAUUUACCCGGGUCUUUACUCCCACAGUGGUAUCAACAUGCUCGAUAUUCUUUUCCGCGUCGCGGCUAGGCCGAACCCUCAGAUAGACCUUGGUCCCAUCGACUCUUCUUGCGCCAUGAUUCUUUGCGAUCUUGCACUUCCUGACACGCCCAUCGUGUAUGCAACGAAUCCUUUUCUCGAGUUGACAGGCUACUCACAAGAGGAAGUGAUGGGCCGCAACUGUCGCUUUCUCCAGGCGCCUCCUGAGAACGGCACCGUUCGCCAAGGAUCGACACGCCAGCACGUAUCCAAGAACUUGGUUCAAGACAUGCGCAGAUCUGUCGACGGCAACAGCGAGAUUCAACUAGAAGUACCGAACUUCCGCAAGGACGGCACGUGCUUCACUAACAUUCUCACCAUGAUUCCUAUUCAAUGGGAUGGCGCCGAUUAUCGAUACUCUGUCGGCUUCCAAUGCGAAAAGGAGUGCUGA